CGCUCCGGCCCGGCCCUUCACCGCGGCGCGGUCCCGGGACGCCGCAUGUGAGCCGGGAGGGUAGCACCGCCCCGCACCGCCCCGCACCGCCCCCGCGCACCGGCACCGCACCGGCACCCGGCCCGGCGGAUCUCCGGAGCAGCCGGCACCACUCCCCCCCGCCCCGGCACCCCACCAUGAGCAACCUCAACAAGGACACCGAGCACACCAACGGCGGCGGCAACGUCGAGGAGGAGGUACGAACGCUGUUUGUCAGUGGCCUUCCUGUGGAUAUCAAGCCCAGAGAGCUCUACCUCCUCUUCCGACCGUUUAAGGGUUAUGAAGGGUCAUUGAUCAAGCUGACUUCAAAGCAGCCAGUUGGUUUUGUGACCUUUGACAGCCGAGCUGGUGCUGAAGCAGCAAAGAACGCCUUGAACGGCAUCCGCUUUGACCCAGAGAACCCCCAGACCUUGCGGUUAGAGUUUGCUAAAGCCAACACAAAGAUGGCCAAGAGCAAGCUGAUGGCCACGCCAAACCCCACCAACAUCCACCCUGCCUUGGGCGCACACUUCAUUGCACGGGACCCCUAUGACCUGACUGGAGCGGCUCUCAUCCCAGCGUCCCCAGAAGCGUGGGCUCCCUACCCACUCUACACCACGGAGCUCACCCCUGCCAUCCCCCACGCCGCCUUCACCUACCCGGCAGCCGCCGCGGCCGCCGCUGCUCUCCACGCUCAGAUGCGCUGGUAUCCUCCCUCCGAAGCCACCCAGCAAGGAUGGAAGUCUCGUCAGUUUUGUUAGUUCAUUAUGUCUCUCCUCGGCUUGUGUUCCUCCUCCCUGCCUCUCUGCAGAGGGAUGUGCCAGGGACGAUGGUUCAGACGCCUCUCAGUUUGGUUUGCAGCCAGCAGACAAGGCGCCCGGCCCUGGGGCUGCCAGCAUCCCCCUCCCUGGACUAUGAAGCCGCCACGGUCCCCCUGCCUUGGGCCGUGCGCCACCUCCUUCCACCCAUCCAUCCAUCCAUCCGUCCGUCCAUCCAUGGAUCCGUCCAUGGAUCCAUCCAUCCCCAGGACAUCCUCCUCCCUGCCUGAGCUUCACCAUCCAGCUGUGCUGAAACCCAGCCAGGGAGGUUGGGUCCUGGGGUUCCCCGGGCUCGCCCUGCCCCAGCAGCUCGGCUGAAGGAAAGGAAAGGCAAUGGGUUUUGCAUGUUUUCUGGCAUGAAUUAAAACACUUAACUUGUGUAUGUGUGAGUGUAAGUUUGUUUGUUCUAGCGUUUGUGUAACCGUUAGCAACAGGUCUUGGCCCAACGGAUUGAUCCAUCAAGGUUUUCAUCUUGCUUCGGUGAAGACUUGGCUUUGAGAAAUACUAAACUGUCC